AUGAAGGAGAGACGGGCCCCCCAGCCAGUUGUGGCCAGAUGUAAGCUCGUUCUGGUGGGGGAUGUGCAGUGUGGGAAGACAGCAAUGUUACAGGUGUUGGCGAAGGACUGCUAUCCCGAGACGUAUGUGCCCACUGUGUUUGAGAAUUACACAGCCUGCUUGGAGACAGAGGAACAGAGAGUGGAGCUCAGUCUCUGGGACACUUCAGGGUCUCCCUACUAUGACAAUGUCCGUCCGCUCUGCUACAGUGACUCGGACGCAGUAUUACUGUGCUUUGAUAUCAGCCGUCCAGAGACUGUGGACAGUGCACUCAAGAAGUGGAGGACGGAAAUCCUUGACUAUUGUCCCAGCACCCGUGUCUUGCUUAUUGGUUGCAAGACAGACCUGCGAACAGACCUGAGCACUCUGAUGGAGCUGUCACACCAGAAGCAGGCACCCAUCUCUUAUGAGCAGGGCUGUGCCAUUGCCAAGCAGCUGGGUGCAGAAAUAUACCUAGAAGGAUCGGCUUUCACCUCCGAGAAGAGUAUCCACAGCAUCUUCCGGACGGCGUCCAUGGUGUGUCUGAACAAACCCAGCCCAAUGCCCCCGAAGAGCCCUGUCCGAAGCCUCUCCAAGCGGCUGCUCCACCUCCCCAGCCGUUCUGAACUCAUCUCUUCCACCUUCAAGAAGGAAAAGGCCAAAAGCUGUUCCAUUAUGUGA